ACGUUACCUAACGUCAAAAACAAACAUUAUUGGGUGUUUAUUUAAUAUUUAAAUAAGCUUUGAAUAGGUGAAAAAAUUGGUAUUUUAUUCUUAAAUUAACUUGCCACUCGAUGUCAGGAAGAGUGGCGGAUAAUCGAACGUGAACUGGACAUCAAUAAAAACUUCGCUUGGCUAAAUGUUCAUGCUAAAAUGCAAGACGAACACAGGAGAGCUAUACAAAACAACUUUGCUUCCCUUGUGGAACAGACUGAUUUGGAUCACAUGGUUUCGGCUCUGUAUGAAAAAGGAGUCUUUUCGGAACAAAUGAUCGAACCUUAUAAAGACUUAACUAAGGACGCAAGAUCACGGAAACGUUUACUGUAUAGGGAUAUAACAAGGCGAGGUCCAGAUGCAUUUAGGAACUUAUUGGAUGCUCUCUCAGAUGCUGGUUAUUGGGAUUUGGUUCGGGAUCUUGAUCCCAAUAGCUCUUUACACACAAGAAGAACCAAAAUAUCAGCACCAAGCACAAGUAGUAUGUCCAAUGAAAAUGACUAUGUUAGUAUAAGUACUGAAAAGAAAAAAACCAAACCACGACUUGAUGUAUAUAAAAAUGAUUCUACACCAAUUGCUAAGGAUACAACAGAUCUUAAUAUGGUACCUCAGUACAAUGUAAUUAAGUCAAACAAAUUCUUUGAAGAUGGUGAAGACAUAAAGUUAUACAACACACGAGGACAUAAGAGAGGCAUUAUAGUAGUAUUUAGUUAUAUUGAAUUUGUUAACAACAUUGAGACAUACCGAAAAGGAGUGGAUGUUGACUGCCAAAAACUAAAAUACUUAUUUAGUGAAAUGGGCUUUCGAGUAAUAUCUUAUAAGAAUUUGACCAGAGAUGUAUGUAUAAAUGAGACGGUAACAACAUUAGAAAGUCUAAAAAAAGUAAUAGUUGGUGUAGAAUGUGUAUUCAUAGUAGUCUCUUCUCAUGGAUAUGAGCGGAAGUACAGCUCAGAUACAGACAUCCGCUGUAAAGAUGGACAACUCAUUACCAUUUAUGAGAUUAUAGAUUAUUUUAAUAAUAAGAACUUUCCUGCAUUGCAUGGAAUCCCAAAAGUUUUUAUCUUUCAGCUAUGCAGGGGGUCAAAUGUGGAAUACAUAGAUGGCCCAAUAAGGUUUGUAUCACCAGACGAUCCAAACCCUCCGGCCGAGCGCGACGGCAAUCCCACGACUGAUACCGGUCGUUUCUCUCAAGACACACCUCGCACACCUCUCAACAAGAGAAAUAGACUUUUUUCGGAUAUUCUUAUCGCGCAUUCAACACUGCCAGGUAACGUUUCGUACCGAGAUCCAGAGGAAGGAUCCUGGUAUAUCCAGACGCUAUGCGAGGUUUUUGCGGCUCGCGCCCAUGACUGCCAUGUAGAUAAGCUAUUCACACUCGUAGACAAACACCUACAUGAACGAUUUCACAUACAGACUUCGUCUGUUGACAAAUGGGGUUUCAACAAGAGACUCUACCUACAUCCUGGUCUCUAUCAGGACUGAACCGCCUAUUUGAAUAUGUUUUCAUACGACCAGAAUAUGUGAUAUUAAUUAUGAGAGAUCUAGCUGGAGCCUUUACAAGUUUAAGUUAUUCUUUUGUAUUAGUUUAAGUGUGUUUAAAUGAGUAUCGGUUCUACUGAAGAGGCAGAUGUGAUUUUGCAAUUUAUACAAGAUUAUUCCAAUAAAUUUAUUUUUAUAUAAAAAAAAUCCACAUGGAAAUG